ACGAUAUGUGUUGUUAACGAUAAGUUGCCUAUGUGUAAAACUUUUAGUAGAAAAUUCGCGACACGAAAUGUUACAGGAGGUAACAGCAAGACCAAAUGAAACAUGACUUCUCCCGGAGUCGCUGGAUUUAUUGACUUGUCUGAGGUUGAGCAGGCACUGGAACUACGUGGUUACCUAAAACAGAUUGGCGCAGAGAUAUCAGAAGAAAAUUCAGAACUUGGUUUCGCUCAUGACCUGACCAAAAUCGUUGAAGCAUCUGACGUCCUAUGGAAACAAGCAUCAGAAGCAGCUCUACCGGCUGCUGUACGAGGCGCUGCUGGAGAACAAGCACAGCGAGGAGGCGACGCGAGUCAUGAUCGAGAUGCUCUCCACCUACACCGAGGACAACGCGUCGCAGGCGCGCAGCGAGGCUCACCGCUGCAUCGUGUCCUGCAUCGCCGACCCAAACGUGCUCAUCAUGGACAAUCUGCUUGCACUGAAACCUGUCAAAUUCCUCGAGGGAGAACUCAUCCACGACUUACUUACGAUAUUUGUGUCUGGGAAGCUGCCGCAGUACCAGUCUUUCUACCAGCAGAAUACGGACUUUGUGAAUUCAUUAGGUCUCCAGAAUGAGGAUAACUUACACAAGAUGCGUCUACUGACCUUCAUCUCGAUGGCCGAAAACAAGAAAGACAUCCACUUCGACACGAUUCAGCAGGAAAUGAAGAUUUCGUCCGACGAAGUAGAAUCAUUCAUAAUUGAUGUCGUGCGAACGAAGAAGGUACUGUGCAAGAUGGACCAGCUGCAGCGUAAGGUCGUCAUCAGCUACUGUGUGCAGCGCACCUACAGCAAGCACCACUGGGUGCAGCUGAAAGAGCGGCUGGAGAACUGGCGCGGCAACAUCACCAGCUCGCAGGACAGUCUCCGUUCGGUCAUCACCAUGGCGACGACGAUGCCUGCCGGCCCGCCUCGCGCGUAGCGAGUAUGUGUGCGCGCGGUGAUGCUGGGGCAGGGCAGGGACUGGGGGGUUGACGAGUGUAGGGACGGGGGAGAUGUAAAGCUAUUCGGUAAUCUUUGGUAUGAAGUCACUUUUAGAAGGAAAGAAUCCGAUUCCGUGUUUGAUUUGUCUUCGUGUUGCAGAACUGUGGGAUCUCUCUCGUUAGCGCCAAUGUUAUUGCGUGACCUAUGCACUGAGGUUUGAUGGAAUGGUGAACAUUAAUGUAUACAUGGAUGGAUGGUUAAGCACAAACCAAUGUAAUAGUUCUGUGAAUGGACAGUGGGUGAAACUUGGUUCAGACUGCUGAUCAUGUCCUUGGUACAAUUUCCUUUUCAAUUGCUUUUCCUCAAAGUCGUAAAGGAAUCUCUAAGAAUUACAAAGUGAGAUAUGUUAACUUGACAAUUAUUGCCAUUAUAUCAGUCCGACAUAGUUCUUUAACAGGAAUCGUGCACGUAUAAUCUGGUUAGCAAGUCAUGGUCACAUGGAUGAGGAUGUAAAAUUAAAUAAAUUUGUUCUGGGUCUCCUUACAAUUUAUAGCAA